ACUCAAUAUAGUAUUUUAUUAUGAAAUCCAAAAACAUUAUUGAAGGCAAACUAUCAGGUCAAAGCAUAAAAAAAAUGAUGAUAAAUGAUAUCAAAUAAUCUGAACAAUAUCUAAGAUUAUCUAUUUAUUAUUGUAAAAGCAGUGAAGAAAAGAAAAUUUGAA